AUGGUGGGCUCAGGAGUAUCAUCAGAUAGGAGCAAAGAAGCUGUUGGGAUGAUGGCCCUUCAUGAGGCCCUCAGAACCGUUUGUCUCAACACAGACUGGACUUACUCUGUCUUCUGGACUAUUCGUCCUCGCCCAAGAGUCAGAGGUGGUAAUGGCUGCAAGGUUGGGGAUGAUAGCGGUAGCUUGAUGUUGAUGUGGGAAGAUGGGUUUUGCCGAGGAAGGGGUUUAGGUUGUCUUGAAGAUAUUGAUGGAGAGGAUCCUGUGAGAAAAGCCUUCAGCAAAAUGUCCAUUCAGUUGUAUAAUUAUGGAGAAGGGUUGAUGGGGAAAGUUGCAUCUGAUAAGUGCCACAAGUGGGUCUUUAAAGAGCCCACUGAAUGUGAAACCAAUAUCUCCAACUACUGGCAGAGCUCCUUUGAUGCUCUUCCUCCUGAAUGGACCGAUCAGUUUGAGUCAGGCAUUCAGACCAUAGCUGUAAUUCAAGCUGGGCAUGGCCUUCUGCAGCUUGGUUCUUGCAAGAUUAUUCCUGAAGACCUCCAUUUUGUGCUAAGAAUGAGACACACUUUUGAAUCUCUAGGCUACCAAUCUGGUUUCUACCUCUCUCAACUCUUCUCUUCAACAAGGAACACUUCCUCUUCAACUUCUCUUCCUUCAAAACCAUCCACCAUUCCAAUUAGGCCACCUCCUCCACUCUUCAACUGGGGUCAGAGGCCACUUACUUCUGCUAGUUCCAUGCUAUCCUCACCCACUUUUCAACAACAUGCAGCUAGGCUUGGGUUUUCACACACCAAAGAUGAGACACACAUGUUUCUCAUGCCUCAUGCAUCAUCUGAAACUGCAAGAAUUGAAGACAUGAUGGGGGAGCAUGAAAAUGAUAUAAAAUGGCCAAAUGGAUUGUCUUUCUGCAAUGCUCUCACUGGAAGAACCGAUGAUGCUAAGCUUUUGUUCAAUCCUGAGAGCUUGGGAAGCAAACCAGGUGAUCAGAAUCACCACCACCACCCACACUCUCUUAACCAAAAUCACAAUUCAGAUGCAUCAAACUUGCAAAAUGCUAGUGGACCCAACCCAAAUGAGUUUUUGAGCUUGGAUUCUCACCCAGAAGGUGCAAGGAAAAUGGACAAGUUUAAGAGGAGCUUCACUCUGCCUACAAGGGUGGCUUCAUCAUCUUCAUCCACUUCAAUGGAUCACCAUCAUCAACAACAAGGUGUGGAGUACAGGAAUUCAGAAGGGGGUAUGUACCCGGAUGUCAUGGAAACCUUUUUAGAGUGAAUUUGGGAGAGGGGGAAAAAGAAAAGGGUGAGUUUUAGUAGGGAAAAAUGGAAGAUGAGAAUUUGUAUCUAGGGAAAGUUAUUUGUGUUCC